AUGUACUCGGAUAAACAGCGCAAGUCGAUGGUUCUCGAGCUCAAUGCCUCAGAUGAUAGAGGUAUCGGUAUAGUAAGGGACGAGAUCAUAACAUUUGCGCAAACGAAAUCACUCCAGAGAGAUAAAGAGACGACAGAUUUGAAGUUUGUUAUUCUUGAUGAAGCUGAUGCCAUGACAAAGGAUGCACAGAAUGCGCUGAGGCGAUGUACUCGAUUUCGAUUUGCCCCUUUGUCUAUGGAUCACAUCCUGCCGAAGCUUAAUUAUGUGAUUGCGGAGGAGAAGCUUACGGUCACUGAAGACGGUAAACAAGCGCUACUGAAGCUGUCAGGGGGUGAUAUGCGUCGUGUUCUGAACGUGCUUCAGAGUGUGGCAAUGGCUUCUUCGACAAUUGAUGAGACGACUGUUUACGAAUGUUGUGGACAACCUACACCUAAGCACAUUGAGAAGAUUUUGCAAAUUCUUAUGAAUGACUCGUUCGCUUCAUGUUGCGAAGUUAAGUUGGAGAAAGAAUGCGGUGGAGAGGGCUAUGCUUUGGUAGACGUGCUUUCACGGUUGCACGAUGUGAUGAUAUGCUUGAUUUCUGCACUUGCUGACACCGAGCAACGUCUGGCGGUUGGUGCUUCGGAUCGCAUACAGAUAGGAGGUCUAGUAGGAGCAUUCAUGCAAGCUCGUAGAAUGAUCAAGGAAGCUGCUAAGAGCUAG